UGCACCGUGCAGAAAAAACGUCGAAGUUUAUUUAAUUUCAGCGAUGUUAUCGUUUGUACUUCAAUUACUUGGUUACAGAUGACGCCAGUAGUCAAAUUUUAGUCAGAUUUCAAAAUAUCCCAUAAUAUAACCAAAAAAGAAGUGAAACUUGAUUUUAAUUAAAUUCCACAAAAAUGCUCAAAAAGGUAGAUGUGUAUGUGAAAACUGUGGCUUUACAGCUUAGAUCUAGAUUUUUUUCUGCAACCAAACAAGAACUUGAAAAGCGAAGGGAAGAACUUAUGGCAAGAGGAUUGCCUAAACAAAAACCUAUCAAAGGGGUGAAACAUAUCGUUCUAGUUUGUUCUGGAAAAGGUGGAGUUGGCAAAAGCACCACAUCAGUAAAUAUAGCGGCAGCCUUGAAAGCCAACCACCCCAAAAAGGGAGUAGGGCUGCUAGAUACAGAUGUAUUUGGCCCAUCGAUACCUCUGAUGAUGAAUUUGAACGAAACACCUAUAUUAAACAAAGAUAAUUUGAUGGAGCCACUCACAAAUUAUGGAGUGAAAUGUAUGUCAAUGGGGUUUUUAAUCGAAAAAACUUCUGCCGUUAUAUGGAGAGGUUUAAUGGUAAUGCAAGCGUUAGAGAAAUUAUUGAGACAAGUUCACUGGAGUGAAAUCGAUUAUCUUGUUGUGGAUACUCCUCCCGGAACUGGUGAUACGCUUUUGAGUCUUGUACAAAAUUUACCGAUUUCAGGAGUAGUACUUGUCACAACCCCUCAAACUGCAGCCUUGGAAGUCACCAGACGAGGGGCGUCAAUGUUCAACAAACUAAAAGUGCCAAUAAUAGGUAUCGUGGAAAACAUGAACUAUGUCAAGUGUUCGUCAUGUUCUGAGAACAUCAGCAUUUUCGGAAAAGGUACUUCAACACUCGCCAAUGAAUUACAUUGUGAAAUUCUCGGUAGUUUUCCACUUGAUCCCAGGAUAUCUUGCUGUACAGAAAAGGGAAUGCCCAUAGUUGUCCAAGAUAGCACAAGUGAUGUUAGUAAGGUUUAUAAAAGUGUAGCUGACCAUAUGGUCAGAUUUUUAGAGGAAUAAAGGAAUUGAAUAAAGUUUUA